AUGGCAGAAACAACAUCUUUGUUAACAUCUACUUUGCAAGAUCGUGAUCCUGUAAUAAUAGUAACCAUUCCGGAAGAUAAAGCUGAUAUUUCACUGAUAAAUAAUAAACCACUAAAAGCUAUAAUACAAUUGAUCGUAUUGUUUAUUAUUUCAGCUGUGCUCGUCUGUUUAAUCUUAAGAGUAUAUUUGCCUCCGUUAGAUGAAAAGCAAAGGCAACAUUUACAUUUGCCAAGAGGAAUUGAAGAUUUACGAACAUUAAAUAAAAUACUCAAUGAAUAUAUGGAUCGAUAUCACUACCAAAUAAUAUUAUCAUAUUCCGUCGUUUAUAUAUUCAUACAGACAUUUUCGAUACCAGGUAGCAUGUGGCUAUCUAUAUUGGGUGGCACAUUAUUUAGUAUGCCUAUAGCACUGCUGCUUGUUUGUUUGUGCACAGGAAUAGGCUCAUCAAAUUGUUACUUGCUUUCUAAAGCUUAUGGUAAAUCCUUUGUAAAAUCUCGAUUCAGGUCAAAACUUGACUCUUGGUCCCGUCAACUUGAUAAACACUCCCAUAAUCUAUUAAACUAUAUGUUAAUUGUUCGUAUCUCACCCCUUCCUCCACAUUGGUUUAUAAAUAUUGCGGCUCCACAUGUCGGAGUUCCGUUAAUCCCUUUUUUCGUAGGUACUUUUUUUGGUGUUUUGGGCUAUACAUUUAUUUAUGUACAGGCUGGUAUGACCAUAAGCGAUUUGACGAGCGAUCAAGAAUUUACGAUUUUUAGUUGGAAAAAUGUUGGUGCUUUGGCAUUAGUUGCCGUGGCUGUUAUGAUUCCUGUGUGGGUUAGGAAGAGAGCAGGUGUAGAUCGUAAGGAUUACCAGGAAAUUGAUCAUGAAUAA